AGGAGGAGGAGGAAGAAGAGGAAAAAAGAGAAAAAGAAGAAAUAUCACAGGAAAAAAAAAAAACUCUUCGUUGUCUUGCCUGGGCUUUUUUUUUUCCCCCCCUAAAAAUAACAUAUUGGAAAACUGGGAGAAGUCUCCUUGGUUUGGAAAAAAAAAAAAAAAGGAAUCUUCAGCCUAGAUCACUUUCUUAUCCGGACUGGGAUAUUAAAUAUACGACACAUCCAGGAGUUUAUUGGAGCGCAGACUGAUGGCGCAAAGGUACGAUGAGCUGCCCCAUUACGGCGGGAUGGACGGAGUAGGGGUGCCUGCUUCCAUGUACGGAGACCCUCACGCGCCGCGGCCGAUCCCACCGGUUCACCACCUGAACCACGGGCCGCCGCUCCACGCCACGCAGCACUACGGCGCGCACGCCCCGCACCCCAAUGUCAUGCCGGCCAGCAUGGGAUCCGCUGUCAACGACGCCUUGAAGCGGGACAAGGACGCGAUCUAUGGGCACCCGUUGUUUCCUCUGUUAGCUCUGGUCUUUGAGAAGUGCGAGCUGGCGACCUGCACUCCCCGGGAACCCGGAGUGGCCGGCGGGGACGUCUGCUCCUCCGACUCCUUCAACGAGGACAUCGCGGUCUUCGCCAAGCAGGUUCGCGCCGAAAAGCCACUUUUUUCCUCAAAUCCAGAGCUGGACAAUUUGAUGAUACAAGCAAUACAAGUACUAAGGUUUCAUCUUUUGGAGUUAGAAAAGGUCCACGAACUGUGUGAUAACUUCUGCCACCGGUACAUUAGCUGUUUGAAGGGGAAAAUGCCUAUAGACCUCGUCAUUGAUGAAAGAGACGGCAGCUCCAAGUCAGAUCACGAAGAACUUUCAGGCUCCUCCACAAAUCUCGCUGACCAUAAUCCUGCAUCUUGGCGAGACCACGAUGAUGCAACUUCCACCCACUCAGCAGGCACCCCAGGGCCCUCCAGUGGGGGCCAUGCAUCCCAGAGUGGAGACAACAGCAGUGAGCAAGGGGAUGGUUUAGACAACAGUGUAGCUUCACCUGGCACAGGUGACGAUGAUGAUCCAGACAAGGACAAAAAACGCCAGAAGAAAAGAGGCAUUUUCCCCAAAGUAGCAACAAAUAUCAUGAGAGCAUGGCUCUUCCAGCAUCUCACACAUCCGUACCCUUCCGAAGAGCAGAAGAAACAGUUAGCCCAAGACACAGGACUUACAAUUCUCCAAGUAAACAACUGGUUUAUUAAUGCCAGAAGAAGAAUAGUACAGCCCAUGAUUGACCAGUCAAAUCGAGCAGGUUUUCUUCUUGAUCCUUCAGUGAGCCAAGGAGCAGCGUAUAGUCCAGAGGGUCAGCCCAUGGGGAGCUUUGUGUUGGAUGGUCAGCAACACAUGGGAAUCCGGCCUGCAGGUUUGCAGAGCAUGCCAGGGGAGUACGUUUCUCAGGGUGGUCCUAUGGGAAUGAGUAUGGCACAGCCAAGUUACACUCCUCCCCAGAUGACCCCACACCCUACUCAGUUAAGACAUGGACCCCCAAUGCAUUCAUAUUUGCCAAGCCAUCCCCACCACCCAGCCAUGAUGAUGCACGGAGGACCCCCUUCCCACCCUGGAAUGACUAUGUCAGCACAGAGUCCCACAAUGUUAAAUUCUGUAGAUCCCAAUGUUGGCGGACAGGUUAUGGACAUUCAUGCCCAAUAGUAUAAGGGAACUCAAGGGAAAAGGAAACACACGCAAAAACUAUUUUAAGACUUUCUGAACUUUGACCAGAUGUUGACACUCAAUAUGAAAUUCCAGACAGCUGUGAUUAUUUUUUACUUUUUGUCAUUUUUCAUCAAGCAACAGAGGGCCAAUGAGACAAGAACACAAAUGUGAAAUCAUGGGCUCACUGAGACAAUUCUGUCCAUGUGAAGAUCCUCUGGAAAAAGACUCCGAGAGUUAUAACUACUGUAGUAUAAACAUAGGAACUAAGUUAAACUUGUACAUUUCUGUUGAUCACUCCGUUAUGUUGCCUCAAAUAGUUUUAGAAGAGAAAAAAAAAAUAUAUCCUUGUUUUCCACACUAUGUGUGUUGUUCCCAAAAGAAUGACUGUUUUGGUUCAUCAGUGAAUUCACUAUCCAGGAGAGACUGUGGUAUAUUUUAAACCUGUUGGGCCAAUGAAAAAAGAACCAUGCUGGAGACCAUGGUGAACGUCUGGCUAAACCUCAUCCCUCGGACUCCGGCUUCAAGAAUGUGUUUUCAUGCCCGGCCUUUGUUCCUCCAUAAAUGUGUCCUUUAGUUUCAAACAGAUCUUUAUAGUUUGUGCUUCAUAAGCCAAUUCUUAUUAUUAUUUUGGGGGACUCUUCUUCAAAGAGCUUGCCAGUGAAGAUUUAAAGACAGAGCAGGAGCUUCUUCCAGGAGUUCUAAGCCUUGGCUGUGGACAAAACAGUCUUAAGUUGGGCAGCUUUCCUCAACACACAAAAAAAGUUAUUAAUGGUCAUAGCACCACAACUAGGACUUUAUCCGAGACUCAAAGCUUGGAGGAUAAAAAGGAGCAAGAGAAUACUGUAACAAACUUCGUACAGAGUUCGGUCUAUUAAUUGUUUCAUGUUAGAUAUUCUAUGUGUUUACCUCAAUUGAAAAAAAAAAAAGAAUGUUUUUGCUAGUAUCAGAUCUGCUGUGGAAUUGGUAUUGUAUGUCCAUGAAUUCUUCUUUUCUCAGCACGUGUUCCUCACUAGAAGAAAAUGCUGUUACCUUUAAGCUUUGUCAAAUUUACAUUAAAAUACUUGUAUGAGGACUGUGACGUUAUGUUAAAAAAAAAGGUGUUAAGUCACAAAA